AUGAGGAAUCGUAUACAUACAGUAAUGAUAGAAGAAGGAUUAUAUCAACAGCCCUUUCAUAUUCACGAAAAGAGUCGCAUGCAAGGCGAAGAAAGAAUCGACGCACUCAUGAGAUCUGAGAGGAAAAUAGCGGAUGCCCUGCAGCCCCGUCAGAGAAUUUUACCUUGGCUGACAUUAAACGAGAUGUUCAUGGCCGAAUUUUUGGCAUCAAGGCUGAUCAUGUUGACGAUUCAAGCAGAUGAAGAGAAGAGAUUCAUGAUCCAUUCCUCGGAUAUCUGUGUCUGCAUAGGCUCAAGCUCUCGGUCCUGAUUUAAGAGAAUGAAUUUGCAGACCGCCGAAACCGUUCAAACUCUUGUGGCCAUAGCAACUGGCAGCCAAUUGGACGAGAAAGAAACUCACAAAGUGUUGCACAAGUAUCACAGUAAUCUUCUGUUUCCACCAGACAAUUUAAAAAUGGCAUAUAUGAUAUAUGAAAUGAUUCGAAGUCCACUCUGGCCAAAACUUAUUUCGGACAAGCGAAUGUGUUGCAAAAUCAAAAUCAAAUCGACAGGCUUUGAUGCUGGCCUUGUUCUAGAUGGCAACAUGUUUUUACCUUUCAAUGAUGGCAGCACCGCGUCCUUCGAGAUCCAACCCGAAUAUUCAUUAAAAAAUAUUAUUUUGCAAUAA